AUGAAAGCAUCAAAAUACUAAGUUGAGAAUAGAGACUAUAACAUCAUCACCUGUGUGGAUUUCAAUAGACAACCAUAGUCAUUACCUCCUUUGAGGAAAUUGGGUUAAUAGUAGGAUCACCCUUUUCCAAGGAAAGCAAAAUUCGAGAUGGCUCAAGAAUAAGUAUAAAUGCAACAGACAGUAUCCUCCAAAGCUAACAAUUCUCAAUAAGACAUCAAAUAAGUACAACCAGGGUCAAUGAUGAACGUAUCGUCGGUCAAAUUUGAUUUUAUUGCCUUCACUCAAGGAAAACAAUAGCCAUUUCAUGAUCUAAAGUAAGAAUUGAAGAUCUUGCACAAGAAAAAAGGUGGAAUGGGGGAAAUCGCCGAUUUAGGUGGUCUGUGCUACCCAAAUUUCAAUAGGGAAUAUUAAGAUAAAUUCAAGGAAAAUUAAACGAUAUUUAGAAAACAAAAGGGAGAUUAUCCUGCCGUCACAGAUCCUAAAUUCUCGUAUGGUCCUUUUAUGAAACCUUUUAAAAAGUUCAAGUUUUGA